AUGCUGCCCAAAUCAAUGUUAAGCAUCAGACCAUCCCCACGCUUCCUAACAUCAAUUGCCUCCAAUACACAACCAGUAGCAUCCUCAUCAUCAGCUACAUCAUCCGCCAGUAAUCAAGCAGCAGGACCUAGGAACUCAAGACUGAAAAAACCAGCAUUGACUCUUGAUCAGUUUAUUCAGCGCCAGAGAGUUCUCUCGUUUUGGCGUGAGAUUAUACGUGCUGUGCAUAAAAUUCCACCUUCGUCGACACGUACGGAAAUGAGGGAUUAUGCACGGACUGAAUUUGAUCGGAAUAAAGGCGUGCAGGAUGCUGCGCAUAUCCGGUAUCUUUUGUCUGCUGGAAAAACCGAGUUUGAUACCAUGAGGAGAUAUAUCGAUGAACUCGCGUCGAUGAAUCGGUGA